UGCGCGCACACGCCGCACAUGCGCGCACACGCUCAUCAGACGGCCGCGGCUGGAGGCGGACGAUGGCGGAGCUGGGUGAGGCGGACGAAGCCGAGUUGCAGCGCCUGGUGGCGGCGGAACAACAGAAGGCGCAGUUCACUGCCCAGGUACAUCACUUCAUGGAGCUAUGCUGGGAUAAAUGUGUGGAGAAGCCAGGGAAUCGCCUAGACUCUCGCACUGAAAAUUGUCUCUCUAGCUGUGUGGACCGCUUCAUUGACACUACUCUUGCCAUCACCAGUCGGUUUGCCCAAAUUGUACAGAAAGGAGGGCAGUAGGCCGUCCCCUGGGAGACUGGCCUUAGAAGCAAAGGACUUGUUAAGCAGAUUGAAGGGCCAGUGGGGGAAGAUCGUCAGCCUGUUGUCAAGUGAACUUGAGGCUGUUACCAAGCCUAUUGGUGCUAAAAAGUAACAGAUCAAAUGUUCAAAAAGUGAAAUUUAUUUAUUUGGAAUUCAGAAAUUCCAUGUUUUAUCACAAUUACUCAAUAAAUGUGAAUUUUCCAA